AGGGAGCCCUUUGGGAUGAAGGGAGACCCAGCCCUUGAAGGGAGGGCUCUGCUGGGAGGAGGAGGAGGAGGAGGAAGAAGAAGAAGAAGGGGGCAGGAGGGAUGGAGAGGAUGGGGGUUCCCUCUAGGAAUGGAUGGAAGGUUCUCUCAGGGAGGAAGGAAGAAGGGAAGCCCUGCUCCCCAGAGAGAGAGAGACUAGAAAGAAGAGGAUGAUGGGGGGGAUGAUGAAGGGAGCCCCAUGGAGACCUGGCUUCUGGGGCAGGAGGAGGGGCUGCCCUCCUUUGCCCUCUUUCUCUCCAGGGAAAGGACCUGGCAAUGGAGGAGCCCCUCUGCAUCCCCAGCCUCCCCUCCUCUUCCCUCUCCCCCAGGACCCUCAUGGAAAGGGGGAAGAGGGCAGUUCCCAUGGGGAGCCCCCUCUCCCCUUCCUUUCUCUUCCAUGGGGCACAAGGGGAGAGGGCCUUCCUUCCUGGGGCUUCUGGGGGGGUUGGGUCUCUCCUCCUCACAAGGAGGAAACCAAGAGAGAGAGAGAGGCUCUUUUGGGCUCCCUGAAUUGAAAAGGGGCCCAGGAGAGGAAGGAAGGAAGGACACCCUGCGUCCCUUUCACUCCUCCACAAACACAAACACAACCAGCUUUAAGACAAUAAACACAAGAAAAUACUCUCUCUGAUGUUUAAAGAAUGUCUCUCAUCAUGACUAUAGGAAGGAGACCAGAGAGGCACAAAUGUUCCUGACUCUCUUACCUUCACAACAACCCAGUGAGGCUGUUGCAGCAGAGCAUCUUAAGGACAUAUUUGCCCUCAGGUGGAUGGUGAAAGAAUUUGAUCUUCUUUGUGGCUUCAUUUGAUUUAAAAAAACAUAGAUGGAGGAAACAAAAUCGGUUGGUCCUGAAGGAAGAAAAGGCCACAAUGACCUCAGUGCUGAGAGCAGUGGAGGAAUCUGGGAGAGGAUAAUUCAGGGGUCCAUGAGAGAGGAGCUUGCCAGCCCAGAGACGCAAUGCCAGGGCUUCAGACAGUUCUCCUACAAGGAGGGAGAGGGACCCCGAGAGGUUUGCAGCCGACUCCAUCAUCUCUGCCAUCAGUGGCUGAAGCCAGAGCGACACACGAAAAAUGAGAUCCUGGACCUGGUGAUCUUGGAGCAGUUCCUGAGCAUCUUGUCCCCAGAGAUGGGGAACUGGGUCAGGGAAUGUGGGGCAGAGACCUGCUCCCAGGCGGUGGCCCUGGCAGAAGGUUUCCUCCUGAGUCGGGCAGAGGCAGAGAAGAAGGAGAAAGAGCAGAAGGCCAAAAACCUCUUGUUGGAAAUUCACUCUGAAAUCCCUGUGGCAGAGAAGGCUCCAUUGGAUCCCAGGAAGAGUCCCCGAUGGAGGGCACUCGAGGAGGAGCAUGAUGGAGGAGGGCCCCUGCAUGAGGCUGAAAUGAUCCCAGCAACAAAGACUCAGUCACCUCUCCCUCUUUGUGGUGAAACAGAACCAGAUCAGAGCCUAUUGACUUUUGAGGAGGUGGCCGUGUCUUUCUCCCCGGAGGAGUGGGCCCUACUGGAUCCAGAACAGAGAGCCCUGCACAGGCAGAUCACGGCAGAGAUCUCUGGGAUCAUGGACUCUCUUGCUGAAAACUGGAGAAAAACGUAUGUAUCUGCUAAGUAUGGGAAUUGUUUUAGGCAAAAACUGUUAGUUACUAAGCAAGCUCAACAUUCAGAAGAGGAAAGUUAUAUCAGAGAGGAGCCCUACAAACACAAUGUAUCUGCAAAAUUGUUUCCUCAAAAUAUGUCACUUGUGCCAUGCAAGAGGUCUCAUUCCCUAAAGAAUCACUUCAGGUGUGAAAUUUCAUGUGUGACAGGUUUUGAUUCUAAAUUGCACAGUGUAAAAUAUCAAGAAGCCUAUACAGUAAAGAAACCACACAAAUGUCGGAAGUGUGGGAAAUGCUUUGCAUACAACUCACUACUUGUGGCACAUCUGAAAGUGCACAGAGAACUUAUGACCAACUGGAUGAACAACACAGGAGAGAAACCCUACAAAUGUCAGGAGUGUGGCAAAGGUUUUGCUCAAAAACCAGGCCUUGUGAAGCACCAGAAAGUCCACAUGGAAGAGAAAAUGGACAAAUGCAAGGAAUGUGGGAAAGCUUUUGUUCAAAAAGCAAACCCUGUGAAGCAACAGGGAGAUCACAAAGGAGAACAACUGUACAAAUGCCAAGAAUGUGGGAAAUGUUCAGCUGAGAAAUCACCAGAGAUCCACCAAAGAUCUCACCCAGGAGUAAAACCAUACAAAUGCCAAGGAAGUGGGAAACGUUUUAUUAAAAAAGGUCUUGUGCACCAGCCAAAAAUUCACACAGGACAGAAACCAUACACAUGCCAGCAUUCUGGAAAUGGUUCUGCUCAGACGUCAGACCUUGUGAGGCAUCAGAGAGUACACCCAGGACAGAAACGGCACACAUGCCAGGAGUGUGGGAGAAGUUUUGCUGAUAAGUCAGAUCUUGUGAAUCAUCAGAUAAUCCACACAGGAGAGCAACCAUACACAUGCCAGCAUUGUGGAAAAGGUUUUGCUUACAAGUCAGCCCUUGUGAGGCACCAGAGAGUCCACAUAGGAGAGAAACCAUACUCAUGCCAGCAGUGUGGGAAAGGUUUUGCUGAGAAGUCAACCCUUGUGAAGCAUCAGAGAAUCCACACAGGAGAGAAACAGUACACAUGCCAGCAAUGUGGGGAAAGUUUUGUUUACAAAUCAGGUCUUGUGUCCCAUCAGACAGUGCACACAGGAGAGAAACCAUAUACAUGCCAACAGUGUGGGAAAGAUUUUGCUUAUAAGUCAGAUCUUGUAGUCCAUCAGAGAGUGCACACAGGAGAGGAACCAUACACAUGCCAGCAAUGUGGGAAAGAUUUUUCUCGGAAGUCAUAUCUUAUGUUCCAUCAGAGAGUGCACACAGGAGAGAAACCAUACACAUGCCAGAAGUGUGGGAAAGGUUUUGCUCAGAGGUCAGCUCUUGUGAGGCACCAUAGAGUCCACACAGGAGAGAAACCAUACACAUGCCAGCAGUGUAGAAAGGGAUUUGUUCACAGGUCACAUCUUGUGAGGCACCAUAGAGUCCACACAGGAGAGAAACCAUAUACAUGCCAGCACUGUGGGAAAGAUUUUUCUCAGAAGUCACAUCUUAUGUCCCAUCAGAGAGUCCACAUAGAAGAGAAAACAUACACAUGCCAGCAGUGUGGGAAAAGUUUUUCUCAGAAGUCACAUCUUAUGUCCCAUAAGAGAGUCCACACAGGAGAGAAACCAUUUAUAUGUCACCAGUGUCGGAAUAGUUUUGUUCAGAAGUCAGAACUUGUGAAGCAUCAGAGAGUCCACAGAGGAGAGAAAACAUAAAAAUGCGAGGAGAUUAGUUUCUAGAAUGGUUGGGGGGGGGGAAGGGAAGUAAUUUUUUACCCCACAGAUUAAUUUAUAUUACACAGUACAUAAUACAAUUUAUAAAAUCCACAUUUCAUGAUAUACAUUUCUCAUCUCUCCCCCCUCCCAAAAAACAGCAUUGAGGGAAAUACAUUCCAAUCAAGUUAAUAAUCAUUAUUGGAGAUGUGGAAAAUACCAUUAAUUAUAUUUUUUACUUCUUCAUAUCCCAUUUUACCUUCCACUUUCUUAAUCACAAUUUCCCAUUUGUCUUUCCAUGAUUCUUUCUUCCUUUCCCCAAUAUAUUUAAGUCUUCUUUGUC